CCAGCCUGGUUUGUUUGCCAGCAGGUGCUUCACAGCAGUCAACCUGAGCUGUAAGUGGCAGCUACUGUAAGUAGCUUCUGAGCACUAUGAAGAAUUUUUCAUUUCCUAUGCAGGAUAGCACAUAUCAGACCGAGAGUCCUCACAGAUUCCCGAGUUUGACAAAUCAGUCAGAUCCUGUUGGAAGACCAGAAAGAGAUGAACAAUUAGCUCAAAUAGAGAUUGCUGUACUGGGGGUCAUAUUUCUGACAGCAUCAGUGGGCAAUUUUAUUCUCAUACUGGUGCUGUGGCGAAGAAGAAAGAAGCUCUCUAGGAUGUAUGUGUUCAUGCUUCACCUCAGCAUUGCUGAUUUAGUGGUAGCCUUUUUUCAAGUGCUGCCUCAACUGAUAUGGGAUAUUACAGAUGUUUUCAUAGGGCCAGAUUUCUUGUGCAGAAUUAUCAAGUACCUACAAUUGCUGGGCAUGUUUGCCUCUACUUAUAUGAUAGUGGUCAUGACGGUGGACAGAUAUCAAGCGGUUUGCUACCCUAUGGUCACAUUCCAAAAGAAGAGAGCUCUCUGGAACAUCCCCAUUUGCACCAGUUGGUCUAUAGCACUGAUUCUUAGCCUACCACAAGUAUUUAUCUUUUCUAAGACUGAAAUAUCUCCAGGUAUCUUUGAAUGUUGGGGUGAAUUUAUUCAGCCAUGGGGCCCAAGGGCAUAUGUGACUUGGAUUUUUGUAGUUAUAUUCUUCAUUCCCUCAGCCAUCCUUAUUACAUGCCAGGUUAAGAUUUGCAAAAUAAUCAGAAGAAAUAUGUAUGUGAAAAAACAGAAUGAAUGUGAAGCAACAAAUCAGAAGCAAGUCCUGCCAUCCCGAGCAAGCAGUGUGAACUGUAUUUCAAAGGCUAUGAUCAAGACAGUAAAAAUGACAGUGGUGACAGUUGUUGCAUAUAUUCUCUGUUGGUCACCUUUCUUCAUUGCGCAGCUGUGGUCUGUGUGGUUCCCCAGUGUCGUGACUGAAGGUUCAGCAUUCACCAUUAUCAUGCUCCUUGGCAACUUAAAUAGUUGCACCAACCCGUGGAUUUACAUGUAUUUCUGUGGCCACAUUCCAUAUUGUACAAAUAAGCAAGUGGAGAACACCUCAGCUCAAGAGGAAUCGGUGAUCACGGGGAGCAUUCACCUUGUAGACAGAGACCCUGAGGAAAACAAUAUUUCUGCAUAAAUACUGAAUGCUUUUUGUUGUUUUGUUACAUUCCCUCUGUUUGUAAGACAUAUCUGUAUUUUAUGGUUAUCCCUUAUUUUGUGGAUAAGGAAGCUGCAAAAUUGUCUUUUGUUGCACAAAUAUAUCUCUCUGCAUUUCUGAAGCCUUGUCUUCCUUCACAUAUACAGAAAGUUUCUGUGUUGUGCAAGCCAGACUCGGUGCUUCCAUCACCACUGUCUUAUCAGAAUGAAUUACUGUAAAAAGAAAAAUAGCAUCUUACAUUUUUUAUGUCCAAAAGUACUUUCUGGUCUGUGAUUCUGGAUUUCUAAGUAGUAACAUUUUGUAACUAACUGGUCCAACAAAUUGAGAAGUAAUUGGAAAGGAACCUGACAUAACUAAACUUAAAUCUGUUUUCAAAUUGAACAAGAAAUUGUUCAUCAUUCUGGUCUGACUGGGGGACAGGGACAAAUCUUAAAAGGGCAGCAUAAAGUCAGAAAAAUCUUUUACCAGCUAUUACUAGUACCUGGUUUAAAUUAAUUCCUUAUAUACCUUUAUAAAAUGCCAAGCUGCUUAAUAUAAUUUAAAAAAAAAAAAAAAAAAGAAAAGAAUUUGUUGUACUUGUAACACAACACCUACUUCACUACUUUACUUUCAAAUUCCAUUAUGGAUGGCAGGUAUCAGCAACACAGCAGCAGUCCAGGUUUUUGGCUUCACACCAUAGGAUUUUACCUUUUAUGCAUUUCCUGAUAUGCAAGCAGUUAACUGGACACCUCCCUACACGUCUAACACAUGCAUAUACAUAAUUUAACUAAAAAUGGGUGUUAGAAGUGUAUACUUUCAUUUGGUAUUCAGACCUAUUUGUUCUGGCAUGAAAUUUAUUGGCUGAGUGUGCUUAGAACUCCUUCAGGCUCAAAUUUAAUUAUUUCCUCUUGUGGUAAAAAUAGAUCUGCAUAUUUUUAUCUCAAAAUGCUGUUUGGUUGCUGGUUUGUGGGUGUUAUAUGCAGGUAGCUAAUUCCCUUUCAGUGUCUGCAAUCUAAUCAGAGGAGGAUGGAAGGAAUAUUAGCAAGGCUCUUUCUGGUGAGAAUAGAGCUGCAUUCACAGAGAUCUUUGGUGACACUUGCAUAUCAUCUGUCUACAUUAUACAUGAUGUGUUUCAGCAGUGCUAUUCACAUGUCAUUUUUCUGAGUGCUAGCAGUCUCAAAUAUCAGUGGAAAAACUAUAAAAUUGUGAGGGUUUAAUUGUCUUUAAAUCAUAUUCAAAUAUUGAUUUAAACUAAAUACUGAUCAGAUUAUGAGAAGUACUGCUGUACAGUGAAUAGUUGUGCUUCAGGUUAAUCUGUGCUGAUAUGACUGAAUAUUUUAUGAUUUCUAUUCCCUGUAUUGUUAGACCAAAUAUUGCUGUCCUUUGUGAUGGGAAAAGCUAGUGUCCCAGUCCAGCUGUCAAGAGGAACAGGUGUCAGGCAAGUAGGAAGAGGAGGAAGGUGGAUGAAGGCAGCACCAGAGCCAGACAGGAAUGGGAAGAGUCUAUGAAGUCUCUUAUAAAAAUUGCAAUUGAUAUUUUUUCUUCUGUUUUCUCCCUCUCUUUAAUUAAUAGUUACUAAUUCUACCCCACAACAAAUUCCCUGUUGGAGCAUUUCUCUAACUUAAGUGGCAGUGUCCUUAUCUGGGGUAAGAACAUCCAAGUCACGAUCCAUACUAUUGAUAGGAUAUUUGUUAUAUUCAGCCAUCCACUGACUCUCUAAGACUUUCAAUCAAUUAGGUUUACAAUCAGUUAGGUUUUCCCUUAUAACUGAAUCUAAUGGUUAAUGGUGGGAUUUCAAGUUUUUCUAGUUCUGUUGAUUGCAGUUAGUUGCAUAGUAUAACGUGCAGUGUUGAAAGGUGGUGUAAACAGAAAUGUUGCAAGGAAUUACCUGUCACUAUACAACUGUAUUUGCAGCAAAACUCCUCUAAAGGCAUUCAUUUGCAAGAAAAACAGGCAUUCAAAUCAUGUGCGAAGAGUCAUCCAGAUCCAGAACUGACAGGAGUCACAGUUCUGCUCAGACACUGCAGUGAAGCUGUGCCAUUUGACACCACCUGGUCUGGCCUCCAGUUAAAAAGUGUAUCUUCUACUUAUAUUUCUGCUUUGCUCAUAUAUUUGUUAUUGGUUCUAUAAAUAAUUUGGUAGAGCUGGUAGCUUAAAUAACAGUAGCUUAAUCUAUUCUUUAAAAGUCUGAGAGCAAUAUUAACUGACUGUAUUUCAGAUAUUUUGAUCACUUGUUGAAUGAAAUGUCAGAACUUCUUAAAUUCAGUAAUGGUUGUUCAUUAUUUGCAAUGUUCAAAACAAAUAUAUUUUUGUCUUUCAAGUGCUUUCUUUCUCAUUUUUUAUUUUCUUUCCCCUGAGAUCAGUUCUGUUGAUAAGGAGAAAAAUAAAUGUUA